AUCACAUGACCACAAACCUCAUUUCUGAUGGCGGGCGGUGAGAAAGACAAGGAACAGGGUGACCGGCCCCACUUCUCCUCGAAGCUGGGCCUCGUGUGCUCAUGCCUGGGGUGCAUGGUGGGUACGGGCAACAUCUGGAGGUUCCCCCGGAUAGUAGCCACCAACAGCCGAGAUGAGGGAGGUCUUGUGUUCCUCAUUGUCUGGUUCUUCUUCCUCUUGUUCUGGUCAAUACCGAUGCUUCUGAUCGAAUACGGUUCGGGCCGAUACACCCAGAAGGCGGUCGUUGGCUCGUUCCGCCAGUUCGUUGGGGACAAGGCGGCCUGGUGUGGAGCCUGGAUUACCUUGGUUUCAUUCAUGAUCUCAUGCUACUACUCCGUGAUUCUGGGGUGGUGCUUCUACUACUUCAUCUACUGCAUCGCCUACGACCUGCCAGCCAAUGAGGACGAGUCCAAGGAAAUCUUCACCGACUUUGCGGAGAACAGCGCCUGGCCGGUACUAACACACGCCAUGGCCAUCAUCAUUGCUGGUCUGUCCGUGGUGAAAGGGGUCAAGACUAUAGAGAAGGUCAACAUGUUCCUCGUCCCCGUGUUGUUGCUCAUCCUGCUGUUCACGUUCGUGUGGUCACUGACACGGGAGUACGCGGAUCUCGGUAUCAAAUACCUCUUCACACCAAACUGGGAAUCCUUUGGCGAUCCCCGGGUGUGGGUGGACGCCCUUAGCCAGAACGCCUUCGACACCGGAGCGGGGUCGGGGCUGAUGAUCCCAUACUCCUCGUACAUGACCAGGGAGAACGGCAUCGUCCGAUACGGCUCUCUCAUCCCCUCCUGCAACAACCUCGUCAGCCUGAUCUCUGGGAUCACUGUGUUCUCCACCGUGUUCGCCACCAUCGUCGUCACUAAGCCGUCCCUGACACAGCCCCAAAUAGUGGCCAUCAUCAAGGACAGUGGACCUGGAAGUACUGGACUUACCUUUAUCUGGAUCCCAGUUCUCUUCUCCUCGGUGGGGGUGUUCGGCCGGGUACUCUCCGUCCUCUUCUUCCUGACUCUCUCCUUCGCCGGAGUUACCUCGCUUAUAUCGAACAUCGAGCUGUUUACACACACUCUGCAAGACUUCGGAUUACCAAGACGGUACGGAACCCCGUUGACCGUGGCUGUGACGUUCCUUAUUGGUCUGAUGUCUGCGCUGAACUUGGACAUUCUAACAAACCAGGAUUUUGUGUGGGGCUUUGCUCUUGUCAUCAACGGCCUGAUGCUUCAAGUCAUGGUCAUCGUGUAUGGCGUGAAGAGGUUCCGACAAGAGGUCGUCAACAACUUCGGCGUGGGGGACUGGAAACUACCUUGUCUCUGGGACUGGAUAGUGAAGGUUGUUGCCCCGCUGGAGGGAUCUGUGUUGAUCGUGUGGUGGGCAAUAGACCUCAUCUCCAACACCAGUGGAGAUGGCGAGAAGUGGUACGAGUUCGGGAGAGAGACUUUCAUGGUCACAAUAGUACAGUGGCUUGGCCUCAUGGCUUUGACAAUUGUGUGCAAUGUGUUGGCCAUAGUGUGUGUAUCGAGAUGGUCGAAAAGCUCCACCUUCAUGGUCAUCGAGGAGCAGAGUCAUCUACAACCGCUGACAGCCGCUGAGCCAGACUAUGGUUCCGUGGGGAAGAAAGAUAUGCAAUUCUCACAGCCCACUCACCGGGAAAUCAAGAUGUGACGAAGGCCCUUCAUAAUCUUUUAUAAUUAACUUGCAUCCAUGCAUUGUGUGUGCUGGACCCCGGUCUAUACAGAGACCCUAACGCUACGAUUGUUGUAAAUUAAUGUGAAAGUCUGACAGUCGGGUUUGGGUUAUCUUGGAGCUAAGAUCGCUUUGUGGAGCGGGGCCCGCCCAUCUUUGUGCAAUAGAUUUGACAGGGCAGUGCAAUACAACCCAUGGACAUAAACAGGUGUUGCGGGUGUUGCACGUGUUGAUACAUAUGUGGAACAUUGUUUUUGUUAUUGAAACCGUUAUAUAACGGUAUAUCCACAAGAAACGACGUGCACUGUAGUAAACUCCUGUUAUGGAGCAUUCGAACAAACUGUCAUUCCUAGAAAGUUAUGCGGGGGUGACAUUUUCUCCCGAAUAUGCACUCAAGCUCCCUUGACAAUUCCAUCAAAUUUUUGCCAAGCAUCAAACCUAUUUCAAGUUUACCAUUCCAUGUUGAAAUGUGAAUGUAUUUAAUCACCUGCGUUCCUUGGCAAAAGAACGCUGGCUCAAGGAGAAGUACUCUGUUUUUACUUUUGUGUAUAUACUGAUUAUCAAUAAACAUAUUUCGUGAA